ACUACUGCGUAGGCCUAUUUUGAGAGACAUUCUUUGGCUGUUAGACGAACCUUGGGACCACUGUACGGCAAAAAAGAUUCUAGAAAGAUAUUCGAGGUUUUCGCUUAUGGCGUUGUUGUGGCGCUUAUAGAAGAACUUUAAUCUUCACUGUUAUCAUUUUCUGGAAAGUUUCCUUCGAUUGAACAUGGCGGACAACGAUAUUAUCGAAGAAAUUUGUGUUGGCCAUGGAAAGCGUUCCCUCGUUGCCAGCUUGUUUCAGCGAAUUAUGCUCCUCUUCAGUGUGGAUGUUCAAUUCAGUUCGCCCGAGGAAAGCGCUGCUAAAAGUGGAACUCAGUGGCUAGCUUUAAAAGGAGAGAAGGACAAUGUGGAUAAGGCAAAGGAAUAUGUUAAGUCCCUUUGUAAUCCUGAGCUGGAGUUAGAAGUUCCGUUCAGCGAGCGCUUCUACGAAAUUCUGUUUAAAUCACUUGAUGAACUUGAAAAAACUACAAGUGCUGUGUUAAAGUUUACUUCACGAAACAGUUGUCAUCUUCAAGGCAGUGCAGUGUCGGUUACGAUGGCGCAGUCGGCGAUUGAAGACAAGUUGCGUACACCUCCAACUUCGCAUCCGCCAAGCGUGCCCGCCAUCGAACCUCAAUUGAGGGAAUUUGCACGAAAGCUGGGCUAUUCUAACCAAGUCAUAGACCAGGCUGUCCAAAAGCUAGGACCUGAUGUAAGUCAGAACACGCUUUUGAACGAACUUCUGAAAACAACUGCAUCGUUGCCUUAUCAAAUUUCUGCUUCUGCACAACCCAAACCUACUUCAGCAAUGGGUCCUUACCCUGUUAGGAGAGAAGUUGUGGCCAGGGGAGCGCCAAACACCUCUGCUCAUGUGUUAAGGGCUGGCUAUGAGAACCCCAGAGCUGCAGUACCUAGUGUUCAACACAGCUGGGAAAGAGAUUUGAUGGCAAAAGGGGCUUCUGCGAUGCCUAGGCCAAACCAUGAACUUUAUCCCGAAGCUAUUCCGAGAGGAACAAAAAGAGUUCUCGAACGUCCUCCUGAUAUCAUUGCUAGAGGAGCAGGGCCUUCUGUUCCCCCUUUAAUGCAGGUUCAGCCCUACAGUAACCCUGGACCAUCUCCAUAUGAGAACCACAGAGAAGCAAGCAGCAGUGCUAGUGACAGACUUGACGAACAAGAACAACUGAUGUAUCAACAAAUACUUGGUGCUAAGAAAGUUUCGGGGAAUUCGUCUUCAAACUUAAGACCAGUGGUUAUUGAUGGGAGCAAUGUUGCUAUGAGUCAUGGAAGACAAGAUAUCUUUUCCUGUAGAGGCAUUCAACUGUGUGUUGAGUGGUUUAGAGCAAGGGGACACAAAGAAAUCACAGUUUUUGUGCCAUUAUGGCGGAAGGAAGCCUCGCGUCCGGACAAACCCAUUACAGAUCAGGAUAUUCUGUACAGUCUUGAGCGUGAUGGUAUCCUAGUUUUCACUCCAUCCAGGAAAGUGAAUGGCAGAAGAAUUGUUUGUUAUGAUGACCGCUUUAUCAUCAAACUUGCAGCAGAGACAGAUGGUGUGGUUGUCUCAAAUGAUAACUUUAGAGACUUGACAAAUGAAAAUCCAAAAUGGAGAGAGACAAUCGAACAAAGAUUACUGAUGUACUCUUUUGUUGGGGACAAGUUUAUGGUUCCUGAUGACCCACUGGGCAAACAUGGACCCAAUCUUGAGGACUUUCUUCGAAAGGGCUCUGCUACUCACCCUCGAAUUUGCCCUUAUUUGAAGAAGUGUACUUAUGGUCUUAAAUGCAGAUUUUACCAUCCUGAGAGAGACCAGGAGACAUUGAAUUUAAAACUUGAGAGAUUGGUUGGCAUAUUUGGGGAAUCUGUGCCAGAAGCUGCUAUGAGAAAGGCUAUUAAUGAUAACCCAAGUGCCAAUGUGACAGUCUUAGCUAAUAUUUUGUGUGAUAUGGGGAAUGGACUCUCCAAACACUGAAUUUUAACCACUAUAGUAGUUGAGUACAGCUGUAGAGUACAUGAACAUUACAAGUAAAUAGAUAUAAAUAUACACUAGCUCCUAAUUUUCUUUUUCUAAUCAUAAACUACAUUUACAAGUAAAACUGAAUUUCCUCUGCAUCCACAGUUGAGAAUAUGUCUUUUUGUGAAAGGCAUGCUAAAGUUUUGAUUUGGUUGAGGUAGGAGUACUACCAAUUAUGGUUAAGGAACAGUUUUUGUUGUUUCACUAGAUGUGUAAAAUGAUUUUCCUUAGCAGUGACAAGGUUUUAGUGGCAACGAGAUAAGGCAAAGUUACUGCUUUUUCUGUAUUAUCAAUAUUAUUGAAAAUGACCAUGUCUGAUCAACUUUCCCAUUGUGGAAUGAAUAAGACAGAGUGUUGUACACCCCCUAAUGUAUAUAUACCUGUGCAAGCAUUGUUUGCCAUGUUGUUUUUCUACCAGAAAGUGCCUUAUGACUCAGCUGAGAGUUACUGCAGAAGAAGAUUUCUGCACUUAUUGAGUAACAACAUGGUCUUCAAUGAUGUAAUGUAGGUGUAAAUUGAGGUUACUCUCUAUGAGAGCAAAAAGUGUGAUCGCCGUGCGGUUGAAAAAAAAAAUACAUUGGAAAUAGUGAAAUUAUUGUCAAAUUCUGCAGUUGUUAAAAGUAUAUUUGAAAAUAGGAAUUUUGCUUACAUGUGUUAUGGGAUAAGAAUUUGACUUAAGAGUUUCCUUGUGUAAAACAGGCUUAGAAAAGAUAAUGUCUGCUUGAAAUCAAGCAGUCCAAGACUGCAGCAUUCUUGAAAAAAGAAUAACUGUCAAUGUAGGUAUUUUUACCUUUCAUCCUACAUAUCAUUUGAUAAGGUUAAAUAAAGAAGAAGAAAAGGCAUAACACUUAGUUCAUGUUUUGGCAUAUUUCUAUUUGCUGUUGUUGCCAUUUCUAAUUUAGCAAUGCAUUUACUACCAGCUGCUAAGCUUCAAAUCUGCCAUGAUAUGACCAGCCUUUAACGUUUUUGAAGCAAAUUAUAUUGUAAUUAUAUCAUGUCAAGAAAAAAUAAAAGAAAAAUAAAAAAGUGAAAGUA